AUGGCUCGGACCAGAAAAAUAAGGCUACAGAAUAUUAUCAGCCUUCUCAGUAUUCGUUUGUUCACAUGGCUGAAUGAAGAUUCAUGUCAUUUUAUUGAAUUUGCAGAGUAUCACCUUGGUCAGCUCAAAGCAAAGAUAGCAAAACUAAGGACACAACUACUGGAGCCUCCAAAAGGUUCUAGUGGAGCUGGAGAGGGUUUUGAAGUUACAAAAUAUGGCCAUGGACGAGUUGCAUUGAUAGGAUUUCCAAGUGUGGGGAAGUCAACUCUUCUAACCAUGUUGACGGGAACACAUUCAGAAGCUGCAUCAUAUGAGUUCACUACACUUACUUGUAUUCCUGGGAUUAUCCACUAUAAUGAUGCUAAAAUUCAACUGCUUGACCUUCCUGGAAUAAUAGAAGGUGCAUCUGAAGGCAAGGGGCGUGGUAGGCAGGUUAUUGCUGUUUCCAAGUCCUCAGACAUCGUCUUAAUGGUUCUUGAUGCCUCAAAAUUUCCUUGCUUUGUAUGUAAACUAAUUAUGCAAUACUUACAGAGCGAGGGGCAUCGGCAAAUAUUGACAAGGGAGCUAGAAGCUGUGGGCCUGCGUUUGAACAAGAGACCACCUCAAAUAUAUUUUAAAAAGAAAAAAACUGGGGGUAUCUCUUUUAACAGCACAGUACCACUAACUCAUGUAGAUGAGAAGCUUUGCUAUCAAAUUCUGCACGAGUACAAGAUUCAUAAUGCAGAGGUGUUAUUUCGUGAGGAUGCUACUGUGGAUGAUCUUAUUGAUGUUAUUGAGGGGAACCGUAAAUACAUGAAGUGCAUCUAUGUCUACAACAAGAUAGAUGUUGUUGGUAUUGAUGAUGUGGACAGACUAGCCCGGCAACCAAAUUCAGUGGUUAUUAGUUGCAAUUUGAAGCUCAAUCUUGACAGACUGUUGGCAAGGAUGUGGGAGGAGAUGGGGCUUGUGAGAGUUUAUUCAAAGCCACAAGGCCAGCAACCUGAUUUUACAGACCCUUUUGUUCUUUCUGCUGAUAGAGGUGGCUGCACAGUUGAGGACUUCUGUAAUCACAUACACAAGAGUAUUGUAAAGGAUGUGAAGUAUGUGUUGGUAUGGGGUGCAAGUGCAAGACAUUAUCCACAGCACUGUGGCCUUGGCCAUCUUCUUCAGGAUGAGGAUGUAGUUCAGAUUGUUAAGAAAAAGGAGAAGGAAGAUGGUGGGAGAGGUCGGUUCAAAUCUCAUUCAACAGCACCUGCACGUAUUUCCGACAGAGAAAAGAAGGCUCCCUUGAAGACUUAA